AUGGACAAUGAAAGUACAACAAAAUCGAGAGAUACAGACCAGCCCACGUUUUACAUCAAGACAUGGGACUAUUUCGUCACACCCAAAUCAUCCCACAAAAAAAGAAUCCGCCGUCCAACCGUCCCCACCAUCUGGACCCCCAGGCUCACCCCACCCGCGGUAUUACUCCGUCUCCAAGGCGGCAUAGGAAACCAACUUUUCCAAUACGCGUGUCAAUACACCCUCGCCAAGAAACAUGACCUUCCCCUCUACAUCAAACUAAGGGCCGGCCUUCGCACCCAGCUCAUCAACCUUAUCUCAGAUAAUCCUGACCUCAAAUUUUCCACGGCUCUGCCAUUCCGCCCUUUAAACGUGACUGACCGAUCCGUCGCCCUCGCCGCCUUCCAGAUCCCACUCUUCCCCUGGAACACAAUCGACGAAACGUACACCAUUCCACGUCACACCCGCAUCAGAGACGCUGACCUGCUCUACGGCACCUACUCCACGAAUGGAACCAUCCUCUCCCUCUCGAUCAUCGAUUACUGCCAAUCAGAAGUCUACUUUGCCCAGUAUCGCGACGAAAUUCGGAAGAUUUUCCAAUUUUCAAGCUUCUUCAGGAGAAGACUCCUCUCACAAGAAGCGGUCACAUGGGAUAAGACGAUUUCCAGGAAGGGCACCAUUCCUGUUGGGGUUCACAUCCGUCGUGGCGAUUUUGUUAAGUUUAAUGCUACAAUUCCCAUCUCCUAUUAUACCGCGGCGCUUGACGGACUGGUCAAAAAACUAAGGAACUUUGAAGACAUCUCGUUAUUCAUAUUUUCAGAUGAUUUAAAAUAUGUUACUGAAACAUUUAUUCCGAUUUUGAAGGAUUUCCCCAACUUUAAUGCUUUCAUUGUGUCCGAUCCAACGAGUUUGACGAGUCUGGAGGAAUUUUAUCUGUUGACGAGGUGUAAACAUUUUAUAAUUCCGAAUAGUACUUUUUCCUGGUGGGCGGCUUAUCUGGGGGGCGAGAAGAAGGAUAAAGUUGUGUAUGCUGCACAUUUAAAUGAGAAUUAUAUCAAGUGGUUAUACCCCAAGCGGGGGGAUGGGCAGAAUUUUUACGUUUGGCAGUAUAAAAAUAUUUAUUAUCCGAGUGGGUGGAACGUUAUUGAACCUAGGUGGGGGGCAGAUGGAUGA